GCGAUGGCGGAGGAGAAGGCCGGCGACGCGAGCGCCGAGAAGGGAUCGCCGCCGCCGCAGCCGCCGGAGAAGGCGAGGGACGACAAGGGGGACGCCGUCUCCGUCGAGCUCCCGGCGCCCACUGGGUGGAAGAAGAAGGCAAAAGGUUCAUUCUAGAUGAUGAUAUGAAGCUUUGGGUUUUGCAUGUGAAGUUCAGUAUGAUUCAAGUCUUUAAAUGUAGCCGAUCAAGACACACUGGAUCAAUGAGAAAACUCGAGAUCUGCAGAAUCCUGGGAUUAUUUUGUCAAACAUCCAGAGUUUUACUUGUCAAUUGACUUACGGACACCAUUUGAUGAUCAUGAGGGCAUGUCAACAAUUAGUGGCAACAAUUGGCAGAUUUCAUGCUGAAUGAGGAUGGAACUCCAAGAAGGAAUGAGAUUGUUUUUGUAUCACCAACUGGUGAGGAGAUCAAGAGUAAGAGACAGUUACAGCAGUACUUGAAGUCUCACCCUGGAGGCCCCCCUUCAUCUGAGUUUGACUGGGGAACCGGUGACACCCCGAGGCGUUCAGCGAGAAUUAGGGAGAGAGCCAAGGCAAUAGAGACCUCAGAAGAUGAGAAGCCGAAAAAGAGAGAAAGGAAAUCAAGUUCCAAGAAAGCAGCGAAACAGAAGAAAGAUGACAGCGAUGUAGUGGAUGGAACUCCCGGUGCAAAGGAGGAUGUCACUGUCGAAGAAACUAAAGUGUUUGCUGAUGUCCAAAUGAAAGAGGCUGAUGAUGCAAACAAGGUCAAAGAUGGGAACACGGCUACGGAAGCAGCAAAAGAGGAUGCAGCAGGUGAGCAAGACUCCAUCGUCCAAGCCAACGGAAGUGUCGAAGAGAAAACAGAGGCUAGCUCAAAGAACGAUGGCACUGAAACAGCAACCGGAGUUGAUGCUGUCAUUUCAGACAAACCAGCUGACACCAAGGUAUUGCCUUCAUCAGGCGACCCUGAAGAAGCAUCGACUGGGAAAGAAGGCCAUGAGAGAGAGGUUGUACAAGGGAAUAGCAUCGACGAGGAGAAUCCUGACGAUGCUGUAGUCACCAAGGAAGUUCCUCCAGCGAACUGCGGUGAUGGUCAGCAUCUGCCCAAGGCAUCUCCUGUGAACUGUUGAAAUAAUUAAGUGGUCUCAGUUAUCUGUGUUGUACUUUGUAGUUUGAACUUGUGGGUCUUAAAUUAAGUAUUGUAACCAUAUCUUCACAUCCUGUAUGUCCUAACUGCAAGCUUUACCCUUUGUCGUCGUUAGUAUGUAACAUUUGAACAGGUUCUCUUACUGUCUUUUAACAUAAUAACUCAUUUCAAUGACAUAACAAGUGGUUUGUUGCUGCA